UUUAAUCUGUCUCGUUUUUAUUUACAUUUAGAGACCCUUUUUCAAACUGGGUAGGAUUCGUUUUAUAAAGAAUCCAUUUAUAUGUAAUGCGUUUGUGCUUAACAUAGUAUCGUGAAAAAUAUAGAUGCGAAUUUUUUUUACAAUUAUAAACGUAAAAAAUGAAAUUCAUUUGUGGAACAAUCAUUUUCUUAUUGAGUACGCAAAAGGUGGUGUCCAAUCCUUUUCAGAAACAAUGCACAAUUAAUGAGGAGUGUAAACUUGACGAAUUAUGUAUAGAUAAAAAAUGCGUGAAGAUUCUGUCUAACGAAAACAUAAAAAAUAGUUUUUGUAUUACAAACCAGGAUUGUCCUAAAACUUACUUUUGUGACGUGAACAACCAUAUUUGUUCAGAGGUUAAAACUAUUGAGGAUUUCAUGAAAAAGCAAACGUGUCGAGGUGUGUUUAAAUCUUAUUGCUCAAGCGAUCUUUCCUGCACAUGCAAAGAAUCUCGUAUGGUUUGUCGGGAAAGAGAAUGCGUUUAUGAAUAUUUACAAAAAAAGAGAAAAGUGACAAGUUGUCAACAUAAUGAAGAUUGCUCACUUGGUUUUAUAUGUUCAAAUAAAAAAUGCAUUGAAGACCAAAGCUUGGACUUUCUGCAACUACUUUCAAAAAUAGAAAGAAAAGUCAACCAAGAAAAAACAGUUCAUGCAACAAAAACGGUGGUUAUCGAAAACAAGCGAUAAACUUUAAUUUAUCGUUAACUUUAAUUUAUCGUUAACUUUAAGUUACGUUUUAAUACAGAUUGACAACACUUUUACAGUAAAUCAUUUUUUUUGCUGUAAAUUUUUUACAGUAAUUCAUAGCGCUGUAAAUUUUUUAUUACCUGUGUAUAUUAUUUAGAAAUAUUUUUAGAAAUAUUUAUUUAACGAAUUUAUUUAAUAAAACUAAAAAAGACUGAUGUAUAUAUUCUGAUAUAGAUAUUUUGAGAAUAAAUUAAAUUAUGUGUGA